AGAGAGAAGAACUCUGUGGGAAAACUAUCGCAAUCUCGGAGAAGGGAGACAAAAAUGGCGGCCAAAACCCUAAUCAGGUCAGGAGCUUCGUUGAUGAAUCGGUUUCUAUCGAAGCCGACGACGAGUCUUGUGCAGAACAAUCUCAGAUCCUCAUUUCAACAGAUAGCUCCACAGAGACAAGAACUCCCGCCGUAUUUUCUCCCGUCAUUGUCGAAUCUACAGAGCACGCUCAAUUCGCGCCCUAACGACACUACUUCGAUCCAGGAACUCAACGAGCGUGGGUUCCUUUACCCUUGUGGUCUUCCUUCACUCGAAUUCUUCUUACCAGAAGUCGAUCCUUCAAGCGAGCCAUUGCUUCUGUUUCCUAAGAGGACAUUCCAACCAAGCACUUUAAGGCGUAAACGCAACCAUGGAUUCUUUGCUCGGAAGGCAACCAAAGGUGGACGGAGAGUCAUAGCUCGGAGGGUAGCAAAAGGGCGUCACAGAGUCACAGCUUAGAAUUUCUCUAAUUUUUCCAUUGAUGAAUCUCCGGUUACAAAAGUUUCAGGCUGCACCUUCAGGCUAGAAAAUGUGAAACUUGAAUCUCUUAAAUAAUUUGGAUGUCUUCGUCUCCAUGUUUUGAUGUGUUGUUGAUCUCAGAAUUGAAGUGAAGUUAAAAUUUUAAAGAUCUCAGCUCCUUUUGUAAUGGAUAGGUUAAAUCAAAGAAAAAAUUCUGCAUGAUGUCAACAAA